CCUUGGACGACGCUGAGCCGCGGCGGCAGCGGGACUCCAUUCAGCACCUGUGACCUGUCCACCGCGGAUCGGCCUGCUGGCACCUGACGGUCUCUGCAGGUGAGGAUGGCCAAGGUGAAGCAGGUGGGCCUCCUGGCCGCCGGCUGCCAGCCCUGGAACAAAGACGUUUGCGCCGCCAGCGGAGAUCGCUUCGCUUACUGCGCCACGUUAGCCAUCUACAUCUACCAGCUGGACCAGCAGUACAACGAGUUCAAGCUGCGCUCCAUCAUGUCGGAGCACAAGAAGACGAUCACGGCCAUCAGCUGGUGUCCCGACAACGCCGACCUGUUCGCCUCCGCCUCUGCCGACAACUUGCUCAUCAUCUGGAACGUGGUGGAGAAUAAGGCCGCCGCCCGGCUGGACAACACCAAAGGCGUCCCCGUCUCCGUCAGCUGGUGCUGGAACUCGGCGGACGGCGUGGCGUUCGUGUCGCAGCGCGGCCCUCUUUACGUCUGGGACUACCGAGGGUCUGAUGCGGCGGUCACCGUCCACAAGGAGGCGCACUCCUUCCUGUCGGACAUCUGCCUGUUCCGCUGGCACCCGAGCAAGAAGGGCAAGCUGGUGUUCGGACACACAGACGGCAGCCUGUCCGUCUUCCAGCCCGGCAGUAAAAGCCAGAAGCACGUCCUGCGUCCAGAGUCCCUGGAGGGGACGGACGAGGAGGACCCGGUCAGCGCCCUGGAGUGGGACCCUCUGUCCACCGACUACCUACUAGUGUCCAACAUCCAUAACGGCGUGCGGCUGGUGGACAGCGAGGGACUGUCCUGCAUCACGUCCUUCUGCUUCCCGUCCGCCGCCGCCUCCGUCCAGUGCCUGGCCUGGGUUCCCUCGGCUCCGGGGAUGUUCAUCACCGGGGACUCGCAGGUCGGCGUGCUGAGGGUCUGGAACGUGUCUCGCUCCACGCCAUUGGACAGCUUCAAGCUGAAGAAGACAGGAUUUCACGCUCUGCACGUGCUCAGCGCCCCGCUGGCCAAAAGAGCUCAGAGCUCCAGUUCUCCCAGUAAGAGCCAGCACACCAGUUCCACCAGCGAGGCCGUCCCUCCGCCGACCCUGUCCCAGAACCGGGCCUUCUCUCUGCCGCCCGGUCACGCCGUCUGCUGCUUCAUGGACGGCGGCGUCGGACUCUACGACAUGGGGGCCAAGAAAUGGGACUUCCUGAGAGACUUGGGCCACGUAGAAACCAUCUUUGACUGCAAGUUUAAACCCGAUGACCCCAACCUGCUGGCGACGGCCAGUUUUGAUGGAACCAUAAAAAUCUGGGACACCAACACGCUGACAGCCGUUUCCACGUCGCCUGGCAACGAAGGCGUGGUUUACUCUCUGUCCUGGGCUCCAGGAGACCUGAACUGCAUCGCGGGAGCGACGUCUCGUAAUGGAGCGUUCAUCUGGGACGUCAGGAAGGGGAAAAUCAUCACCCGCUUUAACGAGCACGGUAAGAACGGGAUUUUCUGCAUAUCGUGGAGCCACAAAGACUCCAAGAGAAUCGCCACCUGCAGCGGAGACGGGUUCUGCAUCAUCAGAACCAUCGACGGGAAAAUCCUGCACAAGUACAAACAUCCUGCUGCCGUGUUCGGCUGCGACUGGAGCCAGAACAACAAGGACAUGAUAGCAACCGGCUGUGAGGACAGGAACGUGCGUGUUUACUACCUGGCCACCAGCUCUGAUCAGCCGCUCAAGGUUUUUACUGGACACCUGGCCAAGGUGUUCCAUGUCCGCUGGUCGCCGCUCAGGGAGGGAAUCCUCUGCUCCGGCUCUGACGACGGAACGGUCCGGAUCUGGGACUACACCCAGGACGCCUGCAUCAACGUUCUGAGCGGACACACGGCGCCGGUCCGAGGCCUGUUGUGGAACACCGAGGUUCCCUACCUGCUCAUCUCAGGGUCCUGGGAUUAUACGAUCAGAGUGUGGGACACCAGGGAUGGGACGUGUCUGGACACCGUCUUCGACCACGGAGCCGAUGUCUACGGUCUGACGUGUCACCACAGUCGUCCCUUCACCAUGGCGAGCUGCAGCAGGGACAGCACCGUCCGUCUCUGGUCCCUCACGCCCCUCGUCUGUCCUCUGCUGCUCAACAUCCUGACGGAGACGCCCUGGGACCGGAUCAUCGGGAACACGGACGCGGCCAUGGUCCCCGGCUCGCCACCGCUGCUCUGUGGGAAAGUGUCCAGAGACAUCAAGCAGGAGCUGGACAAGCUGAGCGGAGACGGCCGGUCCAGGAAGCUGCGCUGGUUCUCCGAGAGUUUCUGUCCUCCAGGGGGCAGCAGCAACCUGUGGGACCUGGUGUUCGUCAUCAACGGCCAAGACGACUCGCUGCUUCCUGCCAGCUACAGCAAAGGCGUGAUGCACAUGAAACACCUGGUGAAGUUUAAAACGUCUGAAGCUCAGGAGCUGACCAUCGUUAAGAUGUCGAAGUUCGGCGGAGGAAUCGGCGCGCCGAGCAAAGAGGAGCGUCUGAAGGAAGCAGCAGAGAUCCACCUGAGGCUGGGUCAGAUCCAGAGGUACUGCGAGCUCAUGGUGGAGCUGGGACAGUGGGAGAAAGCCUUGGCGGUGGCGCCCGGAGUCUCCAUGAAGUACUGGAAGAAACUCAUGCAGAGACGAGCCGAUCAGCUGAUGGCCGACGAUAACGACGACGCCAUCCCGUACUGCAUCGCCACCGGCGACAUUAAGAAGCUCGUAUCGUUCUUCACCAGCAGGGGGCAGCUGCUGGAGGCCCUGCUGAUCGUACAGGGAGCGUGUGAAGGGAACAUCCGUUCCCCGCAGAGUUCGUCCAUCAACCACACGACCAACGACGUGGACAACAGGCAGCAGUACCAGAGCCUCCUUCAUCACGUCUGUCAGGAACUGGCCGAGUGGUACUUCCAAGAUGGCUGCUCCGUCCUGGCCGCAUGCUGCCACCUGGCGGUCGACAACAUCCAGUCGGCCAUGGCCAGCCUGAUCCGGGGAAACGAGUUGGAGCUGGCUGCGUGCGUGGGACUGGUCCUGGGAGAAGCAGCCAAUCAGAGCACGGCUUACUGCCUGGAGCUGUUGGCCAGGAAGUACAUGACGGCCCCAACAUGGGAGCUCUCCGCUGACCUGCUGCAGAUGAUCCCUGAUAAUCACGUCUUACUGGCCAAGCUGUGCGCCUUCCACCCAGGAAGUGCUGCAGAGAUCAACCAGCUGCACCAGCGCUGCGGCCUUCCCUCCCAGGAUGAGUGCGCGGAUCUGGCGGUAGCCGCGGCGGCCGACGGCGAUCUGUUCUCUGCCGUGAAGUUCCACCUGCUGAGCUCUGAGCCUGAACUCGCCCUGCAGAUGGGCCUCGGCUUCCUGAAAGAGCAGCUGGCCGGAUCUGAUUGGACGGUGGACAGCGUUCAGCCAAUCCUGGAUCUGCUGAGCUACAUCCGGACCGACCGCCUCGUCCUGCCCAGGCUCACCCAGGAGCGCAGUGAGCUGCUGAUCCUGUGCGGUUACAUUGGAGGCCUACUGGCCAUCAGACGGAGCUACUGCAGCAUCGUUCCUGCUCUCUACGAGUUCACCAGCCAGCUGCUGAAGCGGCGGGAGGUCGGCGUUCCUCUGCAGAUCCAGCAGCUGUCGGCGGAGCUGGAGGCGUGGCGCGCGGCGACGCAGCCCGACAGUCCUCCAUCAGAGAGUCAGAGGGAAGAGUUCAGCCGCCUGCAGAGGAAGAUCCAACUCACAGAACCAGGCGCGCUGGUUCUGGUCGGACCCGACUACGUGACGGGCUCCAACCUGCCGAGCCAUUCGGACCUCCACCCGUCCUGCUUCACCGAACACAGGAUCCAGGGUCCGGUGUUCCUUCUGGAGGACAACAAGUCGGCCAUUUCUCUGAACGACGCUCUGAUGUGGGCCAAGGUCAACCCGUUCUCCCCGCUUGGAACCGGGCUGCGGAUCAACCCGUUCUGACCUCAACCGGACCGGACGCAGAGGGGGCAGAACCAAUACCGGGCUGAUCAGAACUCUUACUGAUCACCUCACAGUACAAAGAAAGUUACAUCUGCUGCAAACAUUACAGAACCAGAACCAACAGAACCUCCUACUGCUUCUGUUCUAGUUCUGCUGGUUCUGCGGGGUCCGGUUCUGCCCAUCCUGGUUCUGUCCCAGAAGUCUCAUCCUCCAUCCUCUGCUGACCUCAGUCCGACUGCCAUCUUGUUUCUGGAGAGAAGAGGCUUCCAGGGUGUUGACCUUUGACCUGCUAGCUGCGGCCUGUAGGGUCAGAGGUGAAGCUCCGGGUUUCUGAUUGUGUCUUUGAACUUCAGAUGACCUCUGACCCCUCCCAGGUUGAAGGGUCAGAAGUCAGUUUGGCGUCGUGUGGGAACAAACCAGGGAGCAGCAGAGCGUUUCCUGUUUCCUGUUUCCUGUUUCCUGUUUCCUGUUUCGAUUGGGCCAGGGGCGUCUCUAUCGGGGCAGAGCGGGCGGCCGCGGCCCCCGGGGGGCAGCUGGUCGCCCUCAAGAGUCAUGUUGAGUUCAUACAGACAUUAAUAUAAAACCCAGUACACCAGUAAAUACAAAAUAGUGUCAUGAUGUGGUGGUGAGGCAGCAGACCCAGGUAGAGAUGAAUGAGAUGGUUUAAUCAAAGUCCAGGCAGCACAAAGGAGGGCAGGACAAAUGUUCACAUCUGGUGACACAGGCAGACUGGACAGGAACACAGGUGGGUUAAAUACACAGAGGGAGAUCAAGGAGACAAGAAACACCUGGGAACAAUCAAGGGGCGACAGGACAACAUGGAGACUCAGAAUAAACACAGAUAAGGAACAGAUCCUGACAAAUAGUUCUUUAUUUAUUAGUUCACACUCAACCGGGUGUUUAUAAAAACCAAUUGGUCCGAGUUUUAAGUUUUUGUGAAAUUAAACCGAGUUUUCUAGUGGAUGAAACGCAUCGAAGUGUUUUAUUUUCCCAGCUAGCCGGCUGUGUUUGGACUAGGCCAGAGUUCGGAGGCGCCUCUGGUUUAAACCAAUCAUUAACCGUUUAAUUAUAAAUAUGGAUCUGAGGCUCAGUAAAACGGGAAGGACGGCCAUUUUAAUUUUCCAGCUGUCUUCUGCUGCUCCUGGUUCGGUUCAUAUGAAAUUAUUGACUCAUAGUGAAGAUUUCCUUAAACUCCUGAUGAUGUUUUAUGUUGAAACUGGGAGUUUACUUCCUCUGUACUGUGACUUUAAGAGGUCAGCUGCAGGUUGUUGCUUUUUUAGACCUGGUGUAGCUGUGACAUGAGAAGUUGACCUCUGACCUCUCAGUUUUUCUUUUCCAGCUGAGCGUGUACAUAGAGGGUACAAACCUGGUUAUUAGACUGGAAAAACAAGAAAACUGGAAUAAAGGGAAGAACGCAGACCGAUGGCAGACUCUGUUUUUUAGAUUCAGAUUUUUUACACGUUUAUGUAAAAAAUAUCAGUUAAAGUAACUUAAUCAGAUGUUCUGAUGUUCAGCAGCAGGAAGGUCCUGGGUUUGAAUGUUAAAACGACGAAUCAGAGGAAAAUGAAAACAGCUGAAUCCAGACUGUAGAAAAGAAGAAACAUCGAUCAAAUAAAACUGAAUCUAUUUUCUAAACAAUCUGAAUAAAAAGAAUGACUACGUUGGGCUGGAAAUUCA